UUUUAUUUAUUUGUUUACCCUUGAUUUUGAACAUUUUUAAUUUCUACAAUCAGUAAAUAUGAGCACACAUAUUCUCGAUCUUAACGAUGAUUGUAUUGCUUGCUUAUUUAAAUAUCUGCCGAUUGAAAAUCACAUGAGUUUUGCAGGAGUUUGCACACGAUUCCGUCACGUUUGGCUGGACUAUCGAAAUUGCCUUUAUAAGCAAUUGGAACUUGGAGAUACCAACGCUAAGGGAUUCAAACAGGAAUUGCUCUUGUUGCGCCAAAUCAGCGGACAUGUGAAGCAUAUAGUUAUAAAUUUUAAUAGGAAAUUCGAUUGGUGCGGAAUGUUGUUAACAGAAAUCAUAGGCAUUCUGAAAAAAAUGACUGCUCUGGAGCGUGCUAUAAUUUGGAUAAAAGACGACGAGCCUUACGAGACUUAUGAAAAGAUUUUGCGAGCAUUUGAGCAUUUGCCAAACAUGCAAGGAAUUGCCACCUAUCAAGACAAUUGCAUUGUGGAUAGCUUGUAUAAUUUUAACGAAUGUGAUGACCUACUAGCGGAAUCCCGAUUAAGUAGAAACCCUCUGAUUGAACCCAUCGAUAACCACACAAAAAUACGGUUACUGGUAUUUAAUAAUGCCUCUAUUCGCCCGACUCUCGAAGAUCUUGUCCGGCACUCAAACCUUGUUCAGGAGCUCAGCUUAUGUAUGAUCCAAAAGGCCGCCGAGUACACGGCUCUUGCCGAACUGCCAAAUUUAUGUAAGCUAGAAAUCUUUGGCAAUCGCACUAUAGAUUAUGGUCCUCUGAUGCCACUGGUUGCUGCCGUAUCCUCCAAGCUCUCGCAGCAGCUGCACACUUUGACCAUUCAUGCACCCGGCCUUGGCUACCAGGAAACCUCUAAAAUCGCAGAAAUACGAACAUUGCGGGAAUUGGAUUGUGAUUUUACCGAGCCACAAUGUCUGGAAUUAUUGAUAACUUUAGAUCAGCUAACACAUCUUUCUAUAAAGCUGCCCAAAUCGAGUCCGAUUGAUAGUCUAGUUUUGAAUAUACUUAGAAAGUGUCAUAACUUAAAUGUGAUAAAAAUAGAUUCACCAAAUUUAGGAAUAGAUUUUCUUACUGAAGCAUAUCGAGUGUUGCAGCAGGUGCGAAAUCCAAACGAAAAGAAGUCAAUGGUCUUCAUCCUUGAUGAUGAGUCCAAAUUAAGAGAUAUAGAAACGAAUGCCUAUUUAAGGGUAGUCCGCUAAGAUUAUGAGGCUUACUCCCGAAGAUUGUAAGUUUCAACUGUUUAAUCAUAGUUUUGUUAAACAAAAUGGUCCAAGUUGAAUGUAUGGAACUGAUUUUCAUAUUUUACUUUAUUCGGCAUAAUAUUUGAAUUUACAUUUUUCGAUCAUUAACAUACAUAAUUUUUUUAACAA